AUGGCGGCGGUCGGCGGAAUGCGCAAAAUCAAAUCUUCGUCCGGAAAUAAACUGCAAAUCCCACGCAUUGAGGUACGUCGGGGCACUCUUCCAACAACAAAAAAAAUGAAGAAAGGAGUAAAAUAAAUUUAUUCCUGUUCCUUAUAUUUUUCUGUUCUUCAUUGCUUUUUUGGUUUCCUACCGUCUUCAGGCUUUUUUUUAUUCUUUUCGAAAUGAAAGUACCUUAGAAGUUGCGUUUUUUGGAUUCUGAAAGUCAUAAAAAUCCUGAUUUCUGGCUCAAACCAAUGCUAGAAUGCUCGUAAAAAGCGAAAAUUGGGAAAAAAAACUUUUCAAUUUUUCAAAAAAAAUCGGCUUCUAAGAACCUAAAAACCUGAUAAUCUUUAGAAAAUAUCCGAUUUGAAGGCCCCGAAAAAAUAAAUAAUGACCAAAAAAAUCGCAAUUUUGAUACAAAAUGAUCAUUUUUUUCACUUGUCGACAUUACAAAAAUUUUUAUCUUCUAAAAAAAUUAUAUAAUAAACAUUUUUUUCUACCACAACAUUCCACUGCAGAACCCAUGGGAAUUUAUCAAAAUUGGUUCAAGCUUGUCGAAAAAAAACGAAUCCAAUUUUCCAUGUUUUUCUAAGCGUUCCGAGGCUGGGAAAAAAGGCUUUUUGGUCGGAUUUUGAAGUUUAUGACUGGCUAGAGUUCUAUGAAUGUUUUUGUGGUCACAGGAAAAAAUUUAGAAAAUCAGAUUAAUCGAAAACUUUUGACUUGUCUACCGUAAUAACUUUCUGCGGUCGUGACAUGGUUUUUGGCGGGAAUUCAAAUUUGAAAUGCGCUGGAAAAAUUUUUAGUGGUCACUAUAGAGGCUCGCCAUGGACUACUUGGAGAGGACACUAAAGUGGUCACUAAAACCACCUCCAUAGUGGCCUCUAUUUUCCAAGCGAGUGACCACUAUAGUCUAUAAAGGUUCUUUAUUUAGUGGUCACUUCAGUAUUUUUUCAUCCAGUAUUCCUUCCAGUAACUCUGAUAAUUUUAAAACAAACAGAUUGGACCAGUUAUGUUGAUCCACUGACCCCUAAAGUGGCCACUAAAACUUUAAGUGGUCUAAUAAUAGCGCUUAGGCCUCUACAGUGGCCACUAAUUUUUAACCCCUAAAGUGGCCACUAAUUUGACUACUAUAGUGGCCACUAGAACGUCGAAACCCUAUGGUGUCCACUAAAAAUUCCCAAUUUUCUCCCGCUCCAGUUUAAAUUCAUAUCUCCCGCCAAAAACCGCAACAACUCUCUACCGUAACCUUUAAAAUUUUCCAAAAAAGUCACUAAAACUCAUCAGACAGCCUCUCUGAUCUCUGCAUCAUCCUCCCUUACCCAUUCUGAGAAGAAAUCGGCCAAGAAGCCCCAAAACGGGAGCCAAACCCGAUAAUUAGCGUCUCUUUUUUUUUGUCUACUCCAACCUCAAUACACAUUUAUACAAAUCGGGGGAAAAACAACGUUAUGCGCAUAAUUAUCCCAUACAAAAGGCGUCAAUAAUUUCGUUUCUCUCUUUUUUUUUCUCACGAUGGGCCCAAAAUAAAAAUAUGAGAAGCGGGUUCUCAUUUUUUCUCUCGCUAACGAGUCAUUCCUCGCCUUUUUUCGGUUAGAACCUUUCGUGUUUUGUUGAUUCAGAGUCCAAAAAUAGGAAUUUCUUGUAAGUUAUAGAAAAUUCCAAAACUAAAACGGGAAUUCAUUUUACUUUGAGGUUCGGAAUCUUCUACAAAUUUGCUCAAACACUCUCUGAAGGUUUAUAUGAAGUUCCAUCAAAGUUGCAACCCGUGCCAGCUUCUAGUUUUCAAGAUAAUAAAUUUUGAAGGUCGAAAAAUUUAUACCUAAACUUAACUUUUUGCAACUUUAAAAAAAUCCUAUCUCAAAAAAACUAGAGAUCUGAGCUGGUAGCGUCUAUGGGGGAUCUGCAUCUAGGCAUUCAGAAGGUAUUCGAAAAAGUUUGCAGGAAAAUACAAAUCGCCAAGAAGAAUGACCUCCCUUUUUAGGCCUAACUUCUUACCUUCAAAAUUAAUUAUCUUAAAAACUAGAAGCUGGAGCAGGUUGCAUAUUUGUUGAAACUUCAUAUAAACCUUCAGAAAUUUCUUGAGUAAAUUUUAAGGAAAUUCCAAACUAAAAUGAUCUCCUUGUGGGGUCAAACUCUGUGUUGAGCGCAACUUUAAAAAAAUCAUGAUAACUAGAAAAAAAAACUAGAAAUUUUCGUUGGUAGCGACUCUGAGGAAUCUUCAACAAGACUUUGAAAAAGUGUUUGAGAGAAUUUGUAGAAAAUUCCAAGUUGCAAAGUAAAAUGACCUUCCUUGUGAGCAUCAUUUCUAUUUGAUAAAAAAAACAAAGAGUUAAACUCCAUAUUUUUCCGAUCAAAUUUCUUCUCAUUCAAAAAAAAAACUCAUUUCUUCUCGCGCCAAAGAACGAUUCUCCCGUUCUCAAAACAAAAGAAAGACCUUCUCUCAAAUCAAAAAAUGAUUCAAGCGAAAAAAAUAGAAAAGAGCCGGGACGCACGAAAUUGCUCCAAUCAUGAAACAAUUUCUGAUCGUUUGGUGUUUUUCUGGACGUCAUUCUAUUUUUUCUCUCGUUUCAAAGAGAAUUAUGGCAAUUUGAAACGUUAUAAAUGUAGAAAACUGUCAAUUUUUUUCAAAUAAAAAGUCGAGAAAUCUUUUUUUUUCAUUAUAUUUUAGGUUGAUUUUCCGAAAAAGCUCUCGUUUCCUAUACUUUAUAACGAUAUUGGUGUUUUUUUUUCAUUUCCAUGAGACUCUGAACUUUUUUAUUUAUAAAUUUGUGUCGCUUAAAUCUAAUUUACGGCUUUCCUGAGGUCCAAAAUAGCACAGAGACGUGACUCUGAUUUUUUUUUUUUUCAAUUUUCUUUUUUGAUCAAAAUUUUUCAACAUAUCUUGAAAGCCAGGUGGAAUGGCUUGACGCUUGGAAGUGUUUUUAAAGUGCGCCCGACCCAAAACUACUUUCGCUAUGCUGCAUCUAAAACCAUUAGAGUAAGCUAGAGCCACUCUCAAUGCGACCAAGGCAUUUCAAGUAGAAAAAUAGAUUUUUCUGAAGAUUCAAAUGUUUCUCCAGUGGAUCAACUCCCACAGAACUAUCGCAGUGUUUUUAAAGUGCGCCCGACCCAAAACUACUUUCGUUAUGCUGCAUCCAAAACCAUUAGAGCAAGGUAGAGCCAUCCCCAAUUCGACCAAAGGUAGAAAAAUGGAUUUUUCUGAAGAAUCAAAUGCUUCUCCGGUGGCUCAUUUCUCACAGAACUAUUUCAGUGAGUUUAAAGUGCGCCCGACCCAAAACUACUUUCGCUAUGCUGCAUCCAAAGCCAUGAAGCAAACCGGAAAACUUCAAAAACUCGCGCUUCAAGCCAUUCUAAAUGCGACCAAGGCAUUUCAAGUAGGAAAAUGGUUUUUUCUGAAGAUUUAGAUGAUUCUCCUGUGGAUCAACUUCCCACAAAUGACUAGGAAAUUCCUCUCCCAACUCAAAAACAUGUCUCAAAUAAUGUCAUGUUGCAAACAAAUGUGACUCUCAACUCAUUAUCCAACCUAAUAUUAUUCAUAUUCCUCGAACUUCCGUUUCCCAGCACUCUCAGGACAUCAAACGUCUCGCCACUCAACUUAUUCCCUCUUCUAAGCUUUUGAUUUUCCCUUUUUGGAAUUUUUCAUCAAGUGUAUCGAAUAUUUUUGGACAGAAAAAAUUAAUUUGAACAAUUUUCAAGGUCCGACGGUCCUCAUCUCUACAAAUUGUCCACCCGCCAGGUCCUCCCAUCGACGAGAACAAACUUUCUGAGGUUGGGUCCAAAUUUCAAGAUUCUUAUGAUCGAAAAGUUGAGAAUCCUGGAAUCAUUUCCUAGCCAUAGUCGGAAAAGAUGGAAACGGCUUCAUAGAAAUUUUCAUUUUUGGGUGACAAAGGCUCCUUUUUUGCUGCCUUUUUGCGCCAUUUCAUCGGCUUUUUUGCACCCUUUUUGCUACCUCUCCUUUUCCACCAUUUCUUGAGCCUUUAAAAUCACAGAAAAACAAAUGGAAGGCUCGAAAAAUGGACUAUUUUUGCUGCCUUCCUACAACCUUUUUGAGACUCUCCCUUUACUCGAGGAACCAUUUUUCUUCUUUUUUUAACAGUUCUUUGAUAACGUUAUACUUUUCAUGACUUUGAAAAGAUUUAGUUGAACGAAAAAUAUAAAAACUUAAUUUUGCGUUUGACCUCGAGCGCCCUGUCAAAAAGCCGCGUCGCGUACGCAACGCAUCGCUCUUGCGAAUCUACUCAUCUUUUCCUUAAUUCGGCAAAAAUUGACCAAAAAAAGAUUAAUCAUUCAUUAAAAAAAUCCUCAAAAGACCGCAAACCCUCAUGAGCUUCUUUAAACCCCUAAAGGUCCGACUACAGCUGCCCCCCAUAAAAUCAGGGCAAACGCAAAUUAGUUUUUUAUCUUGUUGCUCGAGGGGAAUGCGGAAACACUUGAAAGUCAUUGAGGAGGAGCGGCAAUCAAAGCAAAAACUAAACGAUUCGCUCGCAGGUCUCUGCGAUCUCGGCCUCCAGCAGCUUCUUCUCGCUCUACUCGGCCGACAACUCGGCGCUAAGCUUUCAGUCCGCCAUGGUUAGGUAAGAGAACUAUUUCGGCUUCGAUAGAAGCAAAAAAUCUCAAAUUUCGAACUGAUUUCUUCUCAGUUUCGCUAUUAAAUAGUUCUGAAGAUCAAUUUAGAGUGUUUUCGGCUCGGAUUGAAGCAAAGUAUGUCUAUUUCGAACUGAUUUCGUCUUUUUUUCGAUUAAAAAGUUCAGGGGAUAAGUUUAAAGUGUAUUUUGGAGUUUCUUGUAACUUAAAUAAGCAUUUUAUGAAGGAAAAUAGUGGCAACCUGUCAAAAAUUUCGUUCUAGAAACAUGGCUCAAAAAAUAUUUACAUGACACUUUUUAUAUCUCGCAUUUCCAAUGUAAACUGACUUGAAAUCCAUUUUUCGAAACUUUGAAAAACUUCAGAAUUUCCGCAGGUAGAAGGUUAACAGGACCUUGAUCUAGAAAGUUUUUAUCCAAAUAAACGGGAAAUUAUAAGCUUAACGGUUUUAUAAUGACCUCCCUCGUAAGUUUUCUCAAAAACCAUUCUUGAGGAGAAAUUUUUAUCGGCCCCGGUUGAAGCUUUGUAAAACUUGGAUUCCAAAAAAAGAAAAAAAAAACCGUGUUUUCGACUUAUUUUCGACUAACAAUGUGUACAAAAAAAUCAGAAAAAAUAUUUUUGAACCUUCAUAAAUCCAAAAAAGACCUUGGGUUCAUUAAAUUGUACCUAUUGAUUCCAAUAUAAAUGAAAAAUAAACAUUGAAUAAAGAAUGAAUUUAAAAUAAUCAAACUUGAAAAUUAAGGUAUCGCUGUUGUUUCGGGUCGUGUCGCCUACGCGUUGGCGCCUGUGCUAUCGGGGUCGUCGGAAUGGGUAUUUCAAUACUAGGUAAUUUAUUUAAUAUUCUUAGCCAUCUCAGAAACCUUCCCUCAACGUUUUCUGAUCAAAAAAAAAUCCUUUUCUUCCUUUUCGUAAUCAAAAAAAGGAUCAGAGAACUCUGAGAGAUUAGCGAUUGAAGCAAAUUGAAGCAUUUAGUGUGAUAAAUGGGUGAGCGAAUAGUCGUUAAACCCUUUUUUUUUCUGGUGCGACAAUAUUUCCUCACAUUUUCGAUACGAAAAACCUGCACAACCUGGGAAAAUUUUAGUGGCCUCUUUAGGGUUUUGACGUUUUAAUGGCCAUUAUAGUAGUCAAACUAGUGGCCACUUGAGGAGUUAAAAGUUUUUGAUCACUAUAGAGGUCUAAGUGCUACUACUGGACCACUGAAAAUUUUAGUGGCCACUUUAGGGGUCAAUGGAUCAGCAUAACUGGUCCAAUCUGUUUUUUUAAAAUUAUCAGAGUUACUGGAAGGAAAACUGGAUGAAAAACUACUGAAGUGACCACUAAAACGUCAAAAAGGGGCCACUAUAGAGGUCGGUUUAGUAGCCACUUCAGUGUCCUUAGCGAGCCUCUAUAGUGGCCACUAAAAAAUUUUCCCAGACUUCCUAGUUUUUGAGAAUUUAGAACUCAAAAAGGCCUAGAUUUUCGACUUUCUAUUGGACUUUUUCAAAAGUUACGCAGGUUGAGGCUUUAAAGAUCUGUUUCUGGUAGAUCUAGAAGCAUUCUGGCCAAUUUUCAAGAAAUUCCCAACCUCAAAAUAAAAUGACCUUCCUCGUCAGUACCACCUCCUGAAGUCACAACUUCUUUUUACACGUUUUUUCUCAAAAAAAAAAGGCAAAGGAUUUCUUGAGAUCUUAACUAUAUUUCUUGAUCUGUCUAUAAAUCCUCAAUAACUCAUAAAAAGGACAAACUAUUCCAGCCCUAUGCACGAUGCUGUCUCUUUCGGCUGAAAUGUCGGAAGAAAUGCAAACCCAACUGACGGCUCCGGUGGUCCUCGCCCUUCUUCAGUUCGCCUCGGCGAUGCUUCUUAUCAUUGGAGUCCUGAUCGGCUGUCACUUCCUUCUGGCGCCCUUUAUCCUCACCUGUGUAAGACUCAUCAUUUAUACUUAUUUAAAUCUAAGAAAAUUCCCCGGAAGGCACUAAAAAAAGUUCUUGGAGUUGUAAAAAAUUUUAUAUUCUUGUCAAAAAGUUCUAGAUGACUGUACAACUCUCUGGCUUCUGCCCACUAUACAGGGAAAAUUUUUAGCGGCCACCAUAGGGUUUUGACGUUUUAGUGCCCACUACAGUAGUCAAAUUAGUGGCCACUUAAGGGGUUUAAAGUUAGUGGCCACUAUAGAGGUCUAAGUGCUACUACUAGACCACAAAAAAAUUUAGUGGCCAUUGGAUGAAAAACUACUGAAGUGGCCACUAAAACGGAAAAUAGUGGCAACUAUAGAGGUGGGAUUAGUGGCCACUUUAGUGUCCUCUCCAAGUAGUCCUUGGCGAGCCUCUGUAGUAGCCACUAAAAUGUUCCCAGUAGUCCCUUCGCCUUAAAAAGAUUUUCUGAUUUCUCUGCCCUCUCCUAUUUACACACCAUUUCUUGUUUUCAUGGGAAAGGAGACGCAGACAGGUCAGAAAAUUCCGAGUAAGAUUUUUCAGACGUUAAAAGGUUGGCGUUAGCCAGUCAUGUAUAACAUUUCCAUAAAAUGACCACUUCAGGGAGCAAGUCUGUUUGCCUGCGUGCUGGCGAGUGCUUGGGCGGUGGUCCGACGGCACUCUCUGCCGCCUUCCGUACUGCCGAUGGUCCUGCUCACGGCCACCGGCAUCGGACUUCUCUACUUGUGGUUCCUGGCGAUCAUCACCAUGACUUUCGUCUUAAUCAGGGAUCGGAAACGAAUGGGGUCAGUCAACAUUUUUUGCUCUCCACAUCUUUCUCUCUGCUCUCUACAUGAUAUUUCCAUAUUUCUAUAAUCUUAUCGGAGAGGGAAAAGAGAGCACAGAGAAAUCAGACAGCUUCAAGUCGAAUGUGGAACUUGCAAUGGUCUCUUUAGUUGUGAUUCCCAGAAAAUCUGAUAAAACCCCCAAAAUGAUCAGUAUGAUUUUUAAAACCUCUGAACUCUUGUUAAUUUGUAUUUAAGAAGUAAGUAGCUUUUUAAUACUUAGAAGUGGUAAUAAGAGGGGCCUUAAAAGCUGCCAGUAGUCAUUAGCUCAUUAAGUGAAUGAAAAAGUAAAAAAUCUCAAAAAUCUUCUGAAGUGGCCCCUAUAGCGUUUACAAUGGUGAGAAUAAACUGAUCUAACUUUCUUUGCUCCAAAAAUAUUCAAAAAGUCAGCUAGAGCUAUGAUUUUUUUUUUUUUGAAUUUUUCUCUUAAAAAAACAGUUUUCAGGUAUGGCGAUGAAUCCGACAUUGAGAAUCGAAACUUUGAACGCGCCAGUAGUUCAAUCGUCUGA